UUUCCAUCUUCCUCCAUUGUCCGCUCUAACAAUGGUUAGCCAUGGAACAGAUUUGUCUCGUCAUGAAUGCAUUUAAAGUUAUUCUUGAACGCCUUCACAUCGAAUUUCCCGAUCAAACAAAGAUGUCUCUCCACAGAAUGCGCCAUCCACGCAAGGCAAUUAUAUCCUUCCCGUCUGAGAACAAUUUCAGAUCAAUCUUCCUAUACUCCCUAUUUUGGAUGAUAAAAACGAAUACCAGAGUUGGUCUGUUCGUUCUGUUUAUCACGACGCGUUACAUUUACUGCCCCUGAUCGUCACUACGACUCGAACUCGCAGACUUCCCUUUGCCAUUGCACUUUUGAUCACUUCACGCUUGUACUCUAGAUAAAUAAACAAAAAAACACUCUUGUCAUUCUAAUACCAAGUGGCGGAAUCAAACUCGAGAUCCCGACCCCUUGAACUUUCUUUUUUUCUCCUGUCACUUUUCGGCAUCAGAAGUAAAUUUUCUGU